GACAAAAACUAGGGUUCGGCCAUAUACAUGGGUUAAUAUCACUUUCACCACCACUAACUUUUACUAGUGAUAAUUAACACCAUCACCAACUCGAUAUAUGCACUGCAACAUCUCUCUCUCUCAAACAACCAAUGACGGCCGGGCAACGACGGCGAAGAGUUUCUGGGAUCACACGGCGGCGGCGACAGCGCUGCCUUCGUGGCAUGUUACCAGGAGUGCUUGGACAAGCACUGCAACAGAAGCUGGUCGGGUUCCUGGUGCCUCGAUCGAUGCGUUGACGUCUGCACUCUUCCUCAUUUUGAUUACGAAGACGGCGAUCAGUCGGCGCCGCAGUCCUACGCCGCCAUACCGGAGCCGCAGUGGGUCGGCAAGGUCUUCGUUCCGGUGAUAGCUUAUUUAUAUAGUUGUUAAACCUAUAAUUGCAUGGAUAAUUUUGUAUGCGCUCAUUCCACCAAAUUAUGCAUUUGUAAAGAGAAACGUAUAUUGCAAAGGGCCGGGUAGCACUCCGAAAACAUACAUGGCAAUUUAAAGGAGAGAAAAGAGGAACUACUCACCUCCCUUUGGGCAAAUUGAUUUCUUUUUCUUUACCUAAAGCCAAAAAAGCUAGACGCAAAGGCGACCAGCCCGCCAAUUGAUCGAGUUCGUUGCUGAAAAUAGAGAGGUCUUUUGUGAACGUUAAAGGGACGACGAAAUGAAUGUCUCCACUUAAUUCCGGAAAUGGCUUCUUACGUGCCUGGUAUUGGAAUCUUGGAUCAAACUAUUCGUAGUUCAAGAUCCUCCUCCCACAAUGCACAUGUUCGUCGCUAUUGGAUUGUCGAGAAACUUGAGAUGCAUGCAAUAUCUGCCUCUAAAAGUACCUUAAACGCAAUAAAUUUACGCUAUGUCU